CCCCUUCGACAGCGAUGGCAUUCGAUGCAAUGUAUACACCUGGAUCGUCGCCGAUGGGUAUGGACGUGUGUGCAAGCCACUAUUCCGUAGGGGACGCGCAUGCCGAUCCUGAAGCGUUUGAGCAGCUUUUCGAUUUCGAAAGCAUGCUUGCCGUUCAGCAGGGGUAUUGAUUAUAUUCGCCAAUGCAUGCGGGCGUGUCUAUUGGCUGGCUACUGACGGGGACAAACGGACGGACGUUGAUCAUUCAUGGACUGAUUUGUACCAUCUCAUACCAUCUUAUCACUUAUGAUAUCCAGGGCAUCCUCAACACUGCGCUGCAACGAUAUACGUUCCCUUACCCUUUCCAUUUCUUCUAUCUACGCAUCAUCGAUCUCUUGGUUCAUUCAGUUCCGUGUGGAUACUACUGUUGUUGGAUUAGUCUGUUUGUACACAGUACUUGCCUUCCUCACGACCCUCUCGAUCGAAUAUCCAUUGGAGAUCGAGCACGUUAUACCCGUCACUGCUUCUUUGCAGAGAUACCCCCUACCUCUACCUCUACCUCUCCCUCCCAUCCCCUCACUCGAUUCACUCCUGAUUCCUGCGACCCUCCCACAUUUUCUUACCAGGGUUAAUUGGUUCUUUCUUUCCUGACGACGACGUUCUGUUGUAGAUCGCAUAUGCAGAAUGAACGGUGUCAUUGGGAAAUAUAUGGCGUGAUCGGCACUCGUAAGUUCUGGAUUCCGUGGGCGAGUAAUACGUGGAGAAUGCUAAGUAGUCCGUCCGUUUUCUUGUCUUGAUGCUUGCGCCCUUUAGUUGAAUAAAGAA